UUUUAGCGACCAUGAGAAAUGCUUGACUGGACAGGAUUCGUGAGCAGUUAAUAUUUUUUUCUCCCUGAACCUCUUACCAAUAGCUGACACUGACAAUUUUGCAGGCUCACCUUUUGCUGGUUUAUACAUCUACAUCAAAGUUUGCCUAAUUCGAGUUAAACAACACACUUCCCUCACUAGUCUCUGCUGAGAACCUGCUCUGUUCAGAUCGCCAAUUGCAAUUGCAAUGGCAACAAUCCAAUUGCACGGGAAUCACCGAUCGCUCUUCACCACCAAUGUCAUGGCUUGUUUUCAUGAUAAGGAGAUCGAUUAUGAGUUCAUCUCUGUGGAUUUCUCAACAGGAGCUCACAAACAACCUCCUUUCCUCGCCCUUAAUCCGUUUGGACAAGUGCCCGCCAUUAAAGACAACGAUUUCACAUUAUUCGAGUCGAGAGCCAUCAUAAAAUACCUGGCGGAGAAAUACGAGGGGCAGGGCAGCAAUCUGAUGGGGAAAACCUUGAGCGAGCGGGCGGUGGUGGAGCAGUGGUGUCAAGUUGAAUCGCAGACAUUCAGUCCGCCCUGCUCCCCCAUUAUUGUGCAGAUCGUGUACGCCCCCAUGUUUGGGGGAAAGACGGACCAGGCCAUUUUGGACACAAAUGUGGAGAAGCUGGGCAAAGUGUUGGAUGUUUAUGAAGAGAGGCUGUCCAAGAGCAAGUAUCUGGCCGGGGAUUUCUUCAGCGUUGCAGAUCUUUCACAUCUUUCGCAGAUAAAUUGUCUGGUGAAUGUGGCCGACAAGGGAGAUCUCAUUACCUCUCGCACUAAUGUGAAUGCGUGGUGGGAACGUAUUUCCUCUCGCCCUGCCUGGAAAAAGGUGUUGGACGAAAUCAAAUCUUAAUUUACCCUCUGCACUGCAGGUCUCAGAGCUGCCAUGAGCGCAAUUUUAAAUAAAUAAUUGAAUAAAUCUUAGUUAAUAAAAUUGGACAAUUGAUUUUUAAUCUAAAUUUUCUCUACCGAGAAAUGACUGUCUUUAUAAGAAAAGAGUAGCCUGGAAAACUGUGAAACAGAUUUUUUUCAAAGAAUCUUUCCACUACAUCACUGAUUUGGUUUUUCUGAGCAAGUAAAUUGACGUUUUUGUGUAUCUUAUAGUUUUAUGUAGUUUCAAAGGUGUGAUUGUGGAAGUUGCUUAAGUGCAGCUGGUGUUGGAUGUUCAGCAAGAGUAUAUUUUCUAUUUUGUAUUUAGAAUGAUUCUUAAAGUUGUGAGGUUAUUUUCAAGAACAGUUUUAUGUGUGGAUAGUCUUAGUUGUGUAAGACAAGUUUCCUUUCUCAUGUGUCAUGUAAGGAAACUUCCAGUUUGCAUGGCAUGGAAGGAUUUAGUUUCUUUCCCGAGUCAUGUAAGGAAUGUUUCUCUUAAGAUGUGUUGUGUGAGGAAAGUUUCACUUAUCUUGCAUAGUUGAUGUUUUCAUCAAGAAUGCA